UUAUCAGCUCUUGAUAUACAUGAAGAAAUUGGUUCAGAAGAAGAGAAUAAAGAUAGAGAAAUUGAUAAAUUUAUAAUAAAAGCAUUGCAUUAUAGUUUAGAAUUAAGUAAUAAUAAUGAAAAUAGUAACAAUAAGGAUA